UUCGUCGUUGAUUGACUUCCAGACUAUCCACGAAGAAGAAUUCGGAGGCGGAAGUACUUAAUAUUCGGCUGCCGUGGAUCUGAAAUCAGACUAGACGGAUAGGGUCUGUGGUCAUUAAUUUAACAAUUACGGGGACAUUUUUUUGCUAUUAAAUACAACAAUUAGAAGUUUAAAGCCACAAUAAAGCUUCUGUCGUCGAUCGACGGCUCUCACGCGGUAAAAUGGCGAAAGCGGCGGAGGCCAGUCGGCCAUGGGCUGAUGUCUCCAAUUCCGUUCUUUGUCCAAGUACCUCUGUAUUUUCCCUUUAUUGAUUGCCCUGAUAUGUUUUGGGUGUUGUUGACUUCAAUAAAAAAAAACUGUAGCGAUCCUCUUAGGUUUUUGACGUCAUAACUUUUCGAGGGCGACCAAGCGAUUGUUUGCGUUAAGGUAAAUAUUUGUCCCUCGGUUGCGGUAUGAAGUUAUGUUUUUGUUCUGUAUAAACAUUCACGUAGUCUGAGAAGAACAACCGCAGAAGAGAAGAUAAACCAAGUGUAAAAUGUAAAGGUUAAAAGUAGUGGGUAAGCGGACUGACACAAUGCAUGCUGGUGUAGCUGGCGAGCACGCCCUCCUACAGGAAGUCGAGGGAGACCACAUUCGGGCAUUUAGAUGGUUGAAGGCAGUACAGUAAUCAUUUCAUCAAUUACGGCCACACACAGCACAGGUGAGAACAGCGCUUAUUGAUGACAUAAGUACCACCACAGUCAACACGCCAGAAGUUUAACGUUCAUGAGCAAGCACCAUCCACGCCGCUGAGCAGUGAUUGACCAGGGAGCAGAUGUCGGAGCUGCCGCCUCUGCCUCCGGAGCUCUGGGUGUCCGUGUUCUGUUACCUGAGCACAGAAGAGAAGCACGCCGUCCGCUGCUGCUGCAGGGCCCUCAAGCAGCUCGUCGACCACCCGUACCUGUGGAGGAGGCAUACAGUGGUGCUGUCAGACCUCCGCCGCUACACGUUCGGCUUCUGGGACACUCUGCGCCACCGCAAGCUGACCCGGGUGGCGGUACGUCACCUGCGGCGGAAAGAAUGGCGACGGCUCGUCAAGUUCCUCCCGUCGCUCACCGCCAUCGUGUUCGUGGAUGGAGGGCGGGUGUACAAGCAGAAGUACCUGGACCACCUCAUGCAGUUUUCGGACAUCAGGGAUCUUGGCGUGCGGGAUACCUCCUGGGGUGAGUCCAUGUUGGGCCCCGGCCUGAGCGCCCACCUGAGGGAUCAGCUGACACACCUGAGCGUGUGCAACGUCCGCCUGACGUGCACCAUCAGCUUCAUUAAAGCGGUGUCAGAACUGACCAACCUGCGGCACCUGGUCUUCCACCAGCAGGGGGAAGGCUACGGCCUGGACAAGGUGCGUCCUGUGCCCCGUAAAGACUUCCACAACAUGAUGGUCCACCUCAAGAAGCUCACGCACCUCUCAUGGGGGAUGAGGGGGGAGCCACGGGAACCUCUGCCCGACGACUACCUGAGCCCUCCGGACCCGCAGCAUCCAGGAUCCCAGUACGGCGGCCCAGCUCUGACCAGCCUGGAGCUGGUGGACUACCCGGAGACCAUCCUACCCGAGACGGCCUUAAGGAGCCUGACGUCGCUCAGAUCGCUGACGGUGCGCUACAGGUACAUUCGAGAUGGCGUGGAUUGUCGCCUGGCCUCCUGGCUGAGUCCUCUUAAGCAGCUGGAGACUCUCAGCAUCAUCGGCGGGAACUCCUUGGCCCUCUACACAACCACCAUCCCUGCCAGCGUGACCAGGCUAACGCUGCGUGUGGCCAUCACUCUCAAGGACUUGGACUCCAUCGCUCCAAAAGUCCUGUCUCUGGAGCACCUGGACAUUGAGCAAAAUCGCUCCAGCGGCAGCCUGUGUCGGCGCAUCCCCAUGUUGUUCCCUCAGCUCAGGACGCUGCGCAUAAGGUUCAGCCCUCACAUCCAGAUCAGCACGACUAGACUUUUAGCAUGUUCUGUUCACGCGCACGAGCGCUGUUCUCUCACCUUCCAGGUUCUUCCGACGAGAGCCGGAGAAGGACCUGCUGAGCCUCCACCGGCUGCGACACCUGGAGCGUCUGGAGCUGCUGGUGGAGCGCUCCUUCAUCCUGAGGGACUACCUGAACGGACACCCAUGGCCCAGCCCUUGCGUCCAGGAGCUCAUCAACCAGCUGCGAGAGCUGUCGGCCAACAGGAUCACUGUCAUCACUACCAUGCGCCAGAGAAACCCCCUGAGGGAGUGCAACUGUGUUUGGGAGGGAGACAGAUGAUCCGAGAACACUAGCAGAACUUUGAACUUCUUCAUUGUGAAAGAAUGAGAACAUUUCACAUAUGAUCAUCUUGUCAUGGCUUCUCAUUUUGAAUCAUGGUAUGGUUUAUUUGGAUGAAAACUUAAUUUAACUUCAUAUAGUUGACAAGAAUUUUUUUUCCAACAUUUGUCACUACUUAAUAGAUGAAGAUGACUUAGAUCAGUAAUUGUAGUGGUUGCUUAUGCAUUGCUGAUGAAGAAGGGACAUUAACUCAUAGGCAUCAAUGUUAACAUGUGUCAGCAACACAUUCAAUGUCCUAAAAUGGGCCCUUGAAUUUUUGACAUUAAAAGUCACUUAAAAGUCAUGUAACAAUUGUGAUGAUUUAAUAUGGUGUCAAAAUAAUUCAGCUAGAGCUGCAGCUAUUGAAUAUUUUAGUAAUCGAGUAUUCUACUGAAAAUUCAGAUUAAUGAAGUAAUAAAACAUGUUUACUUGUUUAAAGAGCAAUUAUGAAUACAAAAGACAUUUCACUUACUAAUGAACCAAUUAGUUUAAAUUUUAAAUAGCUUUAUUUUUUAAAUUCACAUUUAACAGAGGAACAACCACUUAUUUGUCCACCACGCUCAGUGGGUGCAUGUCUUGGACUAUCAUGUUUAUAAUGCUAUUUAUUAGCCCAACUGCUUGCUCAGGACUACACAAUGGUUCUUUGUAGAUACAUGUAUCCAUCCCAGACCGUACACGUGUCAGGCGAACUUGGCCCUCGACCAAUGAAUUAACAAAAUGACACACAGACUCGACGGCUUCAGAUUUCUUGCGCAAGGAGAGAGCAUCUGUGCCACACUGCAAUACUCUCCUGCUUCUUUUUAUUGACAUAGAUAGACGUGGUAAGUUAAGUUGCGACAUAAGUCAAAGCUAGUUCCGGCAGUGGACUGUUGAGGAGUCAUGCUUAGGGCAUGACUGUGGAAUGUGCUUGUCAACCUUGAAUUGUCCUUAGCUCACGCGUGUGGGGGGACAGCCCUGGUCGUGCCUUGCACCGAAGGUGCUUCUUUAUCUCAACCGCUUUCUCUCAGUCCACUCAGAGUACUUUUCCACUUCUAGAGAAUAAACAGAGAAUCACAGUGAUACUUGAAUGUUUGAUAUGUACGUAAGUAUGUACAUACAUUGGUAUUUGAUACUGUAAGAAAAUCUUUAACAAAACGCUUUACGAGUCCUUGAAGCAAAAAAAAAAAAAAAAUCCUUGUUUGUAAUGGAGGUACUCAAAUUACUCGAAUCAUUUCACAAUGUGCAUAUUUAAGAAAAUGGUACAUAUUUGUGGCCUAAAUUAGGCAUACAAAUGGCUGAAUUACAAAUAUAAGGCAUUCAGAAAACCCAUUCAAAGUCAAGUUGUAGUUGUGGUAUGUAGUAUUGUACACUGGCCACUGGGAGUAAUGUUACAUUAUGUUACAUUGUGGAGACAAUACCACCAAAAAUGUCCAGAAUACAUGGAACUUUCCCAACGUUAAUGUGUGUCUAUUUUUUUAUGUUUACUAUAUUGGGUACUCGGCCACUCCUGGGAUGGUUUACCACUGUUCCAUGUUUUGGCCAUUUGUGUACAAUGGCUCUCACUGUGGUUCCCUGGAGUCCCAAAGCUUUAGAAAUGGCUUUAUAACCUUUAUCAGCCUAAUAAUCUCAAUUGUGUUUUAACGUGGGGGGAAUCACUUUUCCACACGGGGCCAUGUAGGUUUGGAUUUUUUUCUCUUAAUAA